GAAUCCCAUCCGGAGCGUCAUUCGUUUCUCGCCGCGGGUUGGAUUCGUCCAAGGGUUCAUCCAAGUGUUCAUCGGAAAACUGCGGGUUUCAUUCCUCGUUCUCUGCACUGUGUUCAUAACUGCGUUCCUCGCAAAAUAAGUCUGCGAGGAUGGAGGGCGGCAGUCCCGUGCGACGGGGCGUCGGCAUGAUUCCGCAGCAGGAGUACCUGCUGCAGGGCAGCAUCAUGGACGGCGCUUGCGAGGUGCUCCUCCACCGGCUGCGGGGCCUGUGCGACAACUCCGACUCGCCCAUCGAGUCCUUCCACGACUACGAGAUGGUCUUCCAGAUACGAGGUCCGACGAGUGCCCCGCUUUCGGUGCGUGCCAGGCAGUCCUUGGACAGCCCGCAGAUGCCUUGGCACCUCCGCUACGUGGGUCAGCCCGAGGUGGGGGACAGGAGCAGGCACACGGUGGUGAGGAGCUGCAUCGACGUGAGCACCUCCAACAACCUCGUCAGCUUCCUCAAUGAGCUGGGUUUCCGGUUGGACUUUGAGUUUGUGCUCAAGGGUCACAUGUUCCAGAAAGGUCGCAUGAAGGUCAUUGUUGCCAAGGUCUUCAGGGUAAAGCUCCUGCAUUUCACCUUGCUCCUUUGCAUUUGUCAACUGGUCUUCCACAAGGGUCCUUCGAGGUUGACCGGGACUUGUAUUCCUUUGGUGGAUAUGAAAACUCUGGCUAGCAUGAAACUAUGUCACUUUUUCCAGUUAUUUCCCGCAUCCAUUCAUGCACCGCCGCCAUCAUUUUGGGCAACGACCCGAUUCCUUUGGCGUCGGAAGAACUGGGUUCUCUGACCGCAGUGGGAUGCA